CCGAGUCUUGUAGACAUAAUUCAAGUAGUUGUGACAAAUUGCACCACCUUUAUAUCAUUGACAAUGCUAUGUUAAACUAAUACAUCAUCUUUCAAUCCCUUUGUUUGCUUAGGUGUUUUAAUAGCGAAGGCUUACCGUUCAUUUUGCGUCAUCAGCAUGUUGGGAGUAACAGAAGAAAAACGUCAAGUACCGAAGAUGUUGCAAAAAAUUUUGCAGUAUGAUAUUCAGGUCACCAAAAAGUUUGUUGAUGGUGCACUGCAAAACACAGCUUUGAGGUCCCUGCGCAAUCAUGCCAAGUUUCUUGAGGUGUCCUGCCAUGGAAUAGUGUGGCUUGCUGGCUGGCUUAGUUUUAUAUGGUUAUUUAAUAAUAAAGACCUGUAUCAACUGCAAGUGAAUAUGUUAAUAGCUCUUAUAUUGGAUAUUGUUAUAAUAGCGGUUCUAAAAGCUUUUGUCCGAAGGCGAAGACCGGUACCCAUGAACAAGCUGUCAGACCUUGGGCCUGACAAGUACUCGUUCCCGUCGGGGCACGCCAGCAGAUCCGUGCUAGUUGCCUUUACCCUCAUGUACUUAAGCCCCGUGUCGAUCAUAUUCUACCCGCCGCUCCUCGCUUGGGUGACGUCCGUGUGUCUGUCGAGGGUGCUGGCGGAGAGACAUUACUUCCUAGAUGUAUUCGCCGGCUGUGGCCUCGGAGUCUUGGAAGGGCUGCUAAUGGCCUUGAUUUGGUUAUCACAGAGCACUUCUGCCAGCAUUUUGUCUUCCCUUUCUGAUGAAAAACUUGACGGGGGAGAAUAUCAUGUUUAAAUAUCUGAAAUGCAUUUUACCAAAGCAUCACUAACGAAAGCUACAUACCUGUGUCAUUUAACCGGAUUAUAGCUAACCAGUGUUUCUUUUACUUGCUACGUUUAGUAAAUAAUUUAACUACUUACCUACUUAGAACAUUUUGAAAAUAAAUAAUAUGAUUUCAA